GUAGUGAGAGUGAUGAUGAGGGGUCCCUAAAUAAUAAAAAGAUCAAAAGCCAAACAAACUACAGAGUGUUGUGCAAUUAUUCAUACCAUACCAUGAAUUUCAUCCCAAAGCUAAAUAUAUAGCUAGCUAGCAUUGCAUUCAAAAGUGGACAAAAAAGAUUUUAUAAAAAAUAAUAGCAAAAUAUUAAAGUGGGAUAAGCAAGCUUUUCAUUAAAUAAAUAAAUAUUGGUCCAUAAACUAAAACACAGAGAUAGAGAGAGAGAGAAAGAGAGAGAAAUAGAAAAGCAAGCUAAGGUGCUCUGGUUUGAAUUGAAGAUGAUGAUGAGGAAGAGCAUAAGGUGCUGCAUAUCUUGCAUUCUACCAUGCGGAGCCUUGGACGUAAUAAGAAUAGUUCACUCCAAUGGCAGGGUGGAGGAGAUCAGCGGAGCAACCAUCAAAGCCAGCGAAAUCAUGAAGGCACACCCUAAGCACGUGCUCAAGAAGCCAUCUUCACCUUCCGCCGCCGCACCUCUUCCAAACAUCGUCGUCGUCCCUCCCGACGCCCUCCUCCAGCGUGGUAAGAUUUACUUCCUCAUGGAAGAAAGCAAAGCCGCCGCCGCCACCACCACCACCAGCAACAAUAAUAAUAGCAGCAGCGUGGUUGUGUCUUGUGACCGGUACUUGACGGAAAUAAUGUCGGAGAAGAUUUCGACGCAGCGGGACAGAAGAAGAGGCCGCGUCGCUGUGUGGAGGCCUCACUUGGAGAGCAUUUCGGAGUCCUCAUCGUCAUCAUCACCACCAUCAACAACUCAACUCUAACGACGGUUUCUUCGCCACGUUUUUUCUUUUUCCUCUUGUCUCUCCUCUAUUCAAGUGUGUCUUCCAUGAUAUCCAUAUAUUUUUAGGGUUCGUUCAAGGCAUAUAUUAAUUUCCAACCUUCCAAUCUCUUCUUUUUCUUUCUUCCUCUACAAUCUGAAAAGGAAAUAUUUAAGUUCUUCGCUUCUUUUCUUUUCUUU